AUGGAAAUCGCACAUAUUCUUUCUGUUCUUGUAGUUAGCGAAGAAUCGGGCGAACAGUCUGGUGCUCAUACCAGUUCGUCCAAAGAACACGCACGUUAUCUACUGGCUCUGGUUGACAUGUCGUUUGGGGCAAUGACCGCGGCCGGACUUUCGCAUGCCGGUCAGCCGAGUAGCACAGCCUCGGACAGUAUGUACGACGAGCGUGAUCGCAUGUCCACCUCGAUGAACACGUCCACUGUGAUUUCUGCCGGGAUGGAACCGGAGGGCACUGGCCGACGAUCGAAUCAUGCCCUGUCCGUCUCGACUGCGUUUCAAUUCAAUGGGGGCAAAACUCGCUGUAUGUCUACCACACACACACACACACACACACAUCAGAGAGAUUAUAUUUAA